GGAGAACCUUGGCUGCCUGCCGCCCGCGACAGCGAGAUUUCAAAUCCCAAUCAUCCCAGCCUCCUCUUCUUAUUCCCCCCGCCCCCAAAAUUUGGCGGAAAUUUUCCAUUCCCCACGCGCGCUUCCGCUCCCCCGUCGCUCUCUCGGCCGCGCCGCGCUCUAGGUAAGGUUUGGGAACUUGGGGACUGGUUUACGGGCUAGGGUUUGGGACCCGCUAGAUUUGAUUCCCCAUGGCGGCGCCGGCGGCGGGGGCGGAGGGCCCCGGCGAUGCCGACGGCGGAGGCCCGCGGCAGCAGGGUUUGGCGGAGCGGCGGAUGCUCCGGUCGCGGUACCUCGCCAUGAAGAACCUCAUCAGCGAAGAGAAGGAUGACUUGGCGAAGGAAGAUUCGGACAAGUUCACGUCCAUCAUCACGCAGGUGGAGAGCCUGCACGAGCUUGUGCAGAGGCCUAGGGAGCAAAUAGCUGAUGCAGAAGCUCUUCUGGACAUUACGACCACUUUGGUAAAAUCUGUGAGGUCCCAAUCAAGUGAAGGCAUCACGCCUGGUGAUUUCGUAACAGCAUUGCUGAAGAAAUUUGGGCAACAAGGGGGCCUUGAUUCUGAGCCUGCCUCAUUACGUUGGGCUGACAUUGGGUUUUCUGCCUCGCAUGUCUUCCAGGCUGUGCCUGGAUGCCGCACCAUGCUUGGACCCAUGGAUACAGAAGUAAAGCAGCGCAAGGUUUCGGUUGUUAAUAGAAAAAGAACUGCAAAGCCAACUGAAAAUACUCGUCCUGAAGAGCUUGCUGAUUCCUCAGAGGGAGCAAAAACAGACACUGACCGGAAUGUGUCUGUUGUAUUUGAUAUCCUGAGGAAAAAGAAGAGUGUGAGGCUGGAGAACCUUGUUUUGAACAGACAUUCAUUUGCCCAAACAGUUGAGAAUGUGUUUGCACUGUCUUUCCUAGUCAAGGAUGGCAGGGUGGCAAUAAACAUUGAUGACAAUGGGCACCAUAUAGUCUAUCCAAGAAAUGCACCUGCUGCUAGUGCCAUAGCGUCAGGAGAAGUCUCCUACAGCCAUUUUGUUUUCAGAUUUGAUUAUAGAGAUUGGAAGCUAAUGAGAGAAGUUGUCGCGGAUGGCGAAGAACUAAUGCCACACAGAACCCAGGGCAGUCCCUGCAAUGAAGAGAACGAACACCUGGAGCAAUGUGCCCAACAAACGCCAAUCAGGAAACUUUGCCGGAACCGAGGUUUGGUUCUGCAAGAGCAGAUGGUUGUUGCGGAGACACCUGAGGCGGACAAGACCUCCUCCAAGCGCAGACGACUUUUUAGAGAUCAGAAGUGAGACAUUGCCUGGCAUGUUUAGCUGCCUGCCUUGUGUUUGUAUGUAGAAAUAUUACCUGUUCUUUUUUAAGAUAUGUCCUGCCUGAUUAACUUAUCUCUUGUAUAACAGUAGGUGUUGCUUUAGCGCAGCUUGUGCUAGUUCUCUUAGCUUGAGCAGUAGAGAUUCCUUCAGGGAAAAGGAAAUUUGGAGAACUAGAUAAAGCGACUUAAAAUAAUAUGCCUGAAGCCCGUCAAAAGAAAGUGCCUGAAUCAGAAUUGUAUGUCUUCGCUGACUAUAGCAUGUUAAGGUCGAAAUAGUUUGUUUCAAGUCGGAGAAAUUUGUCAUUCUCUGAAGAUAACAAAUUGUAUUUCGGUGACAGUAAA